AUGAGGAACGAGCUGCGUGUAUUCCAAGAGGCGAUGAUGCAAACGUUGCGGGCUCAUAUUCCGCCUCCACCACCGGCAGGGGGACCAGAACCAAGGGGGGAGGACUUACCUCCACCGCCACCUGUGGACCCAAUGGCCGGAGAGUAUCUUCCUAUCAUCAGGGAAUUGCGGGCCAUGCAUACCCCGCGUUUCGAAGGCUCACUGAGUCCGAAAACUGCAGAAGAGUGGUUAACUACCAUUACUCGAGACUUGGAAUAUGUCCAAUGCCCUCAUCGCCACCGAGCUACGAUAGCGAGCCAUCACCUGGCGGGGCAGGCUCGACACUGGUGGAAGAAGGUGGUGCAGGAAAUGCCCGAGGGACACCGCUUUACCUGGGAGGAGUUCAAGGGGGAAUUCGAACACAAAUACUACAACCACCAGGAUCAAGAACACCGCUUUACGGAAUUCUUGCAGCUGCAGCAAGGGAACAUGACGGCAGAGCGAGGAGAAAAAGAAGAGAAGGAGGAGCGCAUCCGAGAUCGGAGCCCUAUCAGGCGAUUCUCCAACGCCCAACCUCCGGGAAAGACCAGCCAGACAGGUCAGAGCAGCCAGUCACGGGGCAAGGGGAAAGCACCUGCUGAUGGUGUACUACCGCUGCCUCCACCACCUUAUCGGGGACCGCUGACCUGUUUCCGAUGCCAACAGCCGGGACACUGUGCGGCCACUUGCACCGCACCUACAGACACACUGCCUAUGGCCAGACAGCCACGACCACCACCUAGGGCUGGAGCAGUCCCGAGAGUUUAUGCUCUUGAGGCUGAGGCGGAGGCACAAGAGGAGGAGACCAAUCUCGGAGAAGACGAAGCUCUUCACCUUUGCGAUGUUGAGUGCUAUACAUUGUUUGACACUGGGGCUACUCACAGUUUCUUGAGCUUAGAUACGAAGAGCGACUUUACUGUUCGCACACCAUCAGGAGAGACGCUCCCGGUACAUGGGACCUUACGCGAUGUAUCGCUGGACAUCUGUGGUCGUAACUUGGCCGCAGAUCUCAUAGUGGUACCGAUUGGCGGUCAUAGCAUUAUAUUGGGCAUGGAUUGGUUGUCGAAGCACCGAGCUCAGAUUGAUUGUCAAAAGAGAACCAUAUGA